UCACCAGGCUUUUCUCUAAGGGAGAGCAGAGAAGCCAGAAUGAGGCGGCAGAAGUGUAGUAGUCGCUUUAUUGUCCCCCAUGAGCUGUGCCAUGCCAGGGAGUGAUCUCUGCCGGCUCUUCCCUCCUCGUGGGCUGUUUUGGAUGAGCCAGAAGAGAGGACUGAAUUGCCUGCACGCUCCUGGGCAGCGAUGCCAGGGAGAAGAGUGGAGCUACAGUUUUUGCUGUUGAGUGGAGAAUGGGGAAAACACUUGUCUCAGUGCUAUCCUCUGCUCAGCCCUUACAUGCUCCGCUGAGCUGCUGCAAGGUGCCACUUUCUGCUGCUUUUCUCCCCUUUGUUUUCUUUGGCAGCUCCCUAAGUGCUGUAUCAAAACAGCUUCAGGGGAGCUGCGCUGGCACAGCCACCUAUCUCCAUACUGGUGCUGGUUUAAAGGCAGCGAGAAGAAACCUGAAGUGGGAUUGAGUUUGUUCAGCCUCCCACGAAAACCGCUGAGAAAGGGGACAGGAACAAUUUCAGAGAGGUCUCUUUGGAACCGACGCCAGUGGCUGGCUUGAAAGAAAAUGAAAAAGGAGUGUGUUUCGAGAUCUUUCAAACUCAAACAAAACCCAGGCUCCCUCUCGCGUGCUGUCAGCUGGAUAAAUUUCUCGUCCUUGUCAAGGCAGACAAAGAGAUUGUUUCGCAGCGAUGGGGAGCUCUCCUCCAUGUGCGUGCAGCAGGUAGAGGAGGAUGACGAGAACUGGACCUACCGGAGCCAGCAGAGAAAAGCUGUUUCCAACCUAGAUGAAGAGAGUAGAUGGACUGUGCACUACACUGCUCCAUGGCACCAGCAGGAAAAUGUCUUCCUACCCUCCUCAAGACCACCUUGUGUGGAGGACCUGCACAGACAAGCCAAGCUGAACCUCAAGUCAGUGCUGAGAGAGUGUGACAAGCUGCGGCGGGAUGGCUACCGGAGCUCACAGUAUUACUCUCAGGGCCCCACCUUCUCCUCAUCCUCCAGUGCAAUCUGUGGAAGUUACCAGGAUGAUUAUGAAGAAAUUGAACAAAAGUGUCCUGUCUCUCCCCCUGAAGAAGAAAAGCUUAUUACCAUCAAAAGGCCUAAAAGUCCAGCUACAAGUGACUUAUCAGAUAUCAACACCCAAACCAACUGGACUAAGUCUCUCCCACUGCCAACGCCAGAAGAGAAAAUGCGACAACAAGCGCAAGCCGUCCAAACAGAUGUGGUUCCUAUUAAUGUGACUGGGGAGAAUUUCGACCGCCAAGCCAGCAUUCGGCGGUCUCUAAUUUACACAGACACGGUGGUAAGACGGCCGAAGAAAGUCAAAAGGAGAAAGACUAUUACAGGAAUCCCUGACAACAUACAAAAGGAGCUAGCAGUUGGUACUGGCCAAAGUGAUUUCCGAGGGCAUUCGAUGUAUGUCCCAGAUCACUGUUCCACGCUAGGGAGACUAGACAGCUAUCGCUCUGCCAUGCAGCGCUCUGAAACCAAGGACACCAGCUGCCAGACGGAGGAAGUUAAAGUUGUGCCCCCUUCAAUGAGAAGAAUACGAGCACAGAAGGGACAAGGCAUUGCAGCCCAGAUGUCUCAGUUCUCCAGCUCAUCUGGAAACAUGUCAGUGAUGAGUGAUUCUGCUGCAGUUAUAUUUGCUUCUCGCCAAAAUAACGACAUAGGUUUUCACAGCUUGCCUCGGGUCGGUGCGAGAGUGUCUCUGCAGUCCCUAGAUCAGACACAGAGCAUGAUGUCGAGGCAGACAGAAGACAUUGCUGGCACUUUACCCCACCAGAUAAGUAAAUUGCAAGUGGAUGAUAGUGUUGUGCAUCUGAGGAAUAAUCCCACGAUGGGGACCCUGUCGAGGCCAAAGUCUCAAGAAGUGAGAGGCUGUGAUAGUGAGAAGUCCUCAAGCCCAGCAUGUGUGGUCUCUCCUCAUGCCACUUACUCGACGAGCAUCAUACCCAAUGCAACACUGUCAUCCUCCUCGGAAGUUAUCCUUAUUCAUGCUGCCCAGAGUGCUGGAUCAUUGGACAGUAAAAUUUCCAGUUCCACUGCCUUUCCAAAUCCAAGAGACAAUCCUGCUGCCAGCAGUGCAAUAAGUGGGAAAGAAGAUCACCAUUCUUCAAGUGGUAACUGGAGUGAGAGUAGCUCCACACGCCACUCACAGACUUCAGAUACCAUCCCAUCUAACACUGUCAUGAUGCUUUCCCUUGGUGACUCUGCUGUCUCUCUAAGCACUCCUGGGAAUGCAGAGGCUGGGUCUCAGAGCACGAGCUACAGCUGUAGGAACACCGCUGCUUUAGCAAGCCCUUCCCAGGACAGCGAUGGCCGGAGUGAAUCCAGCUAUUCUGGGGAGCGAGCACAGGCAGCAGUGAGCAGCACGGAGCAUUGGUUGUACAAGUCUUCAGAAAACAGCGAGACUCCUUCACGCAAGGUGGUUUGUACCACGCCAGGCUGUGCCACGCCCAGUAGCAACCUGAGCAGCAGCAGCCUGGAGAGGACGUCGGUCAGGGACGAUUCCACUUCCCUCUAUUCUGUGGACCAUGAUGGCUAUUAUGGCUCCGUGCAUAUGGACUCCGGACUGAAGUCAGACAUGCCAUGCAACACUACUAAUGGUUUUGAGAACCUCAGAGACAGUGUGAUAAAUGUCUUUGAAGGAAAGGAGAAGAAACAUCUGGAUGACCACUCGGGCCAAGGUGACAAAUCCCUUGCAAGAAACAUCUCACUGAAAAAGGCAAAGAAGCCACCUUUGCCACCAUCCAGAACAGACUCACUCAGAAGGAUGCCUAAGAAAAAAGCCCAAUCCAAUGGACAGGUACUUGAUGAAACCCUCAUUGCCACCCUCCAGCAUUCUCUGCAGCUGAAUCUCAAGUGCAAAAAUGGCAGCUCCCCUUCCCAGAGCCCCUGCAGCGAUUAUGAAGACCCCUGGGUGUUGCGCUCUCGCAGCCAAAGUUCGGUGAGUGCAAGCAGCAGCAUGAUGUCCACCACUGCUCCAAACCUGUACUCCAUCUGCACGGUCACUCCCUCCCAGAGUGAAACAAGUAGCAUAAAGUCAGAGUAUGCUGACCAGUGGGGUUACUUCAGUGACUAUGCCGCAGUGGCAGAUGACCAGAUGAAAUCUCCGGUGACCCAUUCUGCCAGUACAUCAUCUGCUCUCAGCGAUUACAGCAUCAGCCACUUCAGUGAUGGCUCAAGGGCUUCUGUGCCCCAAGUGCCCAGUGGACUGGCCAAACCAAAGAGUGCUUCUCCAGAGAAAUCCCACCGAGUCACUUCGCCAUCGAGUGGGUACUCCAGCCAGUCCAAUACACCCACUGCGCUUACUCCAGUGCCUGUACUUGUAAAGUCUGCAUCAUCAGGAAAUGGGAAGUCCAAGCUGAAGCCUAAAGUGCCUGAAAGGAAGUCCUCUCUUCUGUCUUCAGUCUCCAUGUCUUCGUCAUCCACUUCUCUUUCUUCAAAUACAUCUACGGAAGGGAGUGUGAGCGUGAAGAAAUUGGACCCUGCUGUGAGCCCUCCUGUGGAUUCUGGUGCUCCUCUUCCAACACCUCCACAUUGCCCUGAACUUUCUCCUCCUCCUCCUCCUCCUCCAGCAGAAGUCAUGGAUUUGUCACCAUUGUCUGCCUCUCCCACAUUCCCCCCGCCUCCACCAGAAGCCAGUGUAAAUUCUACCUUUGCUCAGACUGUGCCAUGGUUUCCGCAAGAAGCCUCCAUCAGUUCAUUCUACUCCCCUGUUCCUCCUCCUCCUUCUUGCCCCUUAGCUGUCCCACCACCAGCACCGCCACUUGAUCCCAAAAUAACAAAAGGUGCAGCCAUACUCCCACAGUAUUCUUUCAAGAAACGCAACCAGGAUGAUUCUUGCUACAGUCCAGUGAAGCAGCCACUCAACAAGCAGGAUUCAUCCAGACCUGUGAUGCCAUUAGUAACCACCAAAGCACUGCAAAUGGUACAGUUGAGGUCUGUGAAAAAAUCAACAGAAGGUGAGCCAUCAACUGAAUCUGUUUCUGAAACCACCUCUCAGGAAAAAGGUACUGCAAAUACAUUGUCACAGUCUUUGCUAAAGCCAUCUCUCUCACUAAAACUCAGUACCAGCUUAGGCGAUGAGGAAAUGAAAAUUCAAGGCACUUCAUUUAAAAAUGCAGUUCAAACACUGUCUCGGGGUUCUCCUCUCAUUCUCCCUGAUAACACACCUGUACUUGACAGUGACAAAAAGCCGAUGAGUGCAGUAGGUCUAAAGAAAUCUUCUGAAGCUGAUGCUCUGGGGUCAGCCACUGAUGACACACCUGAGUCCUCAGUGCAGAGUGAAGACCUCCCUUCAGGCAUGUCACUCCAGGGGUCACCAGCAUCUCCUGACAAGACUCAGGUUGUAUUGCCAAGCAAGAAACCACCUCCUAUUUCAAAGAAACCCAAACUGUUCCUUCUGGUACCACCUCCACAGUUAGACCUUACAGUGGAGAAAGCAGCUGAAGCGAGUGAUACUGCCAGAAGCCCGACUAAGAGAGACGCUGUGCUUGCACACUCUGAGGAGGCGAGAAAUUGUCUUACAGAUGGACUCGGUUCUAGCGAGAUGGACUCUGGCAGCCUGGUUCCUGAGGGAGGAGCUGCUGGAUUCACCUUCUCUGAGACAGUGGGAGCGAAUGCCUUUGUGGUACAGCCUGCUGCAUCACCAGUUCAAGAAGAACCCAGGCAGGAGGAGCAGUCUGCUUUUGAUGAAGGAAGCAGUUCAGGCAGCAGCCAAGACAGUGGCAGUAACACUGACGGGCACCUAUCUCAAGAGAACGAAAGUGUGGAGGUGUUUGAAUCAGACACAGCCAAUAGUUCAUUCCUGCCAAGCAGUAGUUAUGGGGAAGACACGGACGGAGUGGCAACACCAGCAAGACCAAGGACUACUGAGGAUCUUUUUGCAGCCAUUCACAGAUCCAAAAGGAAAGUCCUUGGCCGUAAAGAUUCUGAAGACGACCGUACCCGCAACCAUUCUCCGUCACCCCCCGUAACUCCCACUGGUGCUUCCCCAAAUUUAGCUACCCUCAAACAAGCCGGGUCUAUUCAGAGAAGCGUUCGCAAGAGCAGCACCAGCAAUGACAACUUCAAAGCCCUGCUGCUGAAGAAAGGGAGUCGCUGUGACACCAGUUCCCGUAUGUCCGCAGCAGAGAUGUUGAAGAACACGGACCCGCGGUUCCACCGGACAAAGACAGAUGCCUCCCCCGACCUUUCCGACAGCCCUGCCAGCUGCUCGCCCAGCAAGAGCAAACGGGCCCAGGAAGAGUGGGCCAAGAGCGAGGGCCUGAUGCCAAGGAGCAUGUCCUUCUCUGGCACGAGGUACGGCCGGUCACGGACACCCCCGUCUGCUGCCAGCAGCAAGUACAACGUCCGCAACCGCAUCCAGAGCAGCCCCAUGACUGUCAUUAGUGAAGGAGAUGGGGAAGUGGUGGAGCAGUCCGAGGGCAGGGUCCAGAGGACUUUGGAAGAGCAGCAAGAGGGGCAGCUUGAUAUGUUUAACAGUGAUGAAAUGGACAUGAAUGACUUUCCAUAUGCUGAGGAGGCAGGCUGCAAGGAGACCUUGGAUCCGGCCCAUGCAGACUUAAUGACUCAACCAGGUGCUUCAAGGAAGUACCUAAACUCUUCAGCUGAAGAAAGUUAAAAGGCAGCGUGACAAAAGGCUUCGGAUAUUAGUCUAGAAAAUCACAGGGACUAGAUUCCAGAAGAAGGCCCAGACCAGGACAAGGUUACUUUGCUGAGCAUUUAUUCCACGAACUGCAUGUGUAUGUUUAAAUGCUAAAGCAAUGGUGGUUCUGCAUGGUUGGGUUGGGGUGGGGAGCACUUGCUUUGAAUGAGUGGUCUGUGGCGUGAAGAAAGUUAACAGCUGAAUUUUUUGUGUAAAGCCUUAGAAGUCCUUUUGUGGGUUUGGGGUGGGGAAGUUUUCUCAGAGUCUGUAGGGGUGUGAAGUUUUUCUUUUUCUUGAGACUGCAAUUGUGCAAGCAAAAUUUAGGAAUAAGCCUGAAAUGGGAAGGCUCCUGUGGUACAAGCUGGACAUUUGGUUCAAAAGCAUUGUAGUGAUGCAGCGUAGUGCAUUCGUUAAGCGGAGGGAGGCACAGUGAGGCACAUUCACCUCUGAGAAGAGGGUAGCAGGGUUGGUGCUGGGGUUACAUGGCUCCUUGGUGGAGUAUGGCCCAGCGUUUGAUGAAGCAUGUCCUGCUCGAGCAAUGAGCUCACCAGGUUAUGGGUUGGUCCAGGGUACUGUGCUUGUAAUUCUUUUUCCUGAGGGAAAAUGAACUGUGUAGUUAUCGUGGAAAAGGGAGCUGAUUUUAUAACACACUACUAGCUGCUGUGCAGCCACACACGUUCACUUGGUGAAACACACGUUUCCAGGUGAUUUGCUUCCUUGGCUGGAGUAUUCCCUUAGAGAAUUAGAACAGCUGGAUGUGUGCAGAGGGUACAAGCAGACAUCAGGAAAGUGGGAGAUGAAUGAAGGAGUGUAGUGCCAGAAUUUGGAAGGGUUACAGUCAUGGUUUAGGAAUGGUAUUCCCCAAUUUAGUGUUCUCACCAAACCACUCCAAACCAUGUACUGCUCACUCACUCCCCUCUGCUCUUACCUCUACGGGUGGCUGGAGAGGAGAAUUGGAGGCACAAAAGGUGAAGGUUGGGGGCUAUAAAAGAAGAAUUUACUGGAAACAGCAGUGAAGUAAAAAAUGGACAGUAGCAGCAACAACACUUAGAAAGAGGUGAAUGGCUCACAGGUGACUGCUCACCACGCAGAGCCUGGUAAUGUGUGACCUGCUGCCCCACGUCCUUGUCCCCAGCAGUGUUGUGAGGUGGUGUAGGAUAACCUCUGUGUCCUGGCCACGGCUCCUCCUGGCUACUGCAAAAAGUGAACCCUGUCCUGGCCGGAACCAGGGCAGCUGUGUUUCUGAAUUAGAAAGAGAAAUUUGACUUGCACUACUGCACUACUUGCAAAGCUGUAGGUGGAGCCCGUCUUUCAAAACUGAAACUUGGGAGUUGUGUAUUGCCAGAAAUCUGUCUUUCAUUUAUCAAAAUAUGGGAGACUAUUACUUUUCAUCACUUGAAAAACAGAUACGUGCUAACUUUUGGUUACCAAAGAAUAAGUUACAGUUACUUUCCUUUUUGAUUUGCCUGCAGUAUUGCUCUUCUUUUUUAACCUUAAUAAUUUAGUGAGGUUCGUUUUUAUUGUAUAUUUUACAGAUAAUAAGAACAUUUAACGGUUUUCCAAUUGUAAGAAGACCAUUAAUUAAAACUGAAAUAUUGGCUGGAGUUUUUGGUUCUUGGUAGGAAUGAAGCUUUUAAUUUUUAAUAAGAAUUUUGCAUCAUUUGAUGGCAUGCUCAGUUUUUGUAUUGUUUGUACAUAUUGAAAGUUGUUAAAAUAUCUUUUGAUCUCCUUACCGUAGAAUUUUUACAUUUUUAGAUUGCUUUUAAGAAGAAAAAGCACUCUUUGUAGAUUAUUUAUUUUAGAGAAAUAUGCUUGUAAUCUCUUUCUUCAAUCCUUUACUUGUUAGUUAUGUAAAUUUCAGGGGCCUUCGUUUAACUCUUCCCUUCACAGGAGGGGAAUAGUGCUGAAAAUGCUGUGACUUUGCUUCAAUAAAGGAAAAGCCUGCCAGUUGCCAUAUUGUCUUUUGAGUUGAUUAAAAUCUCCUUCAAAAGAUAUGUCCUGCAGCGUAUGGCAACCCACUGAAUGCCAUAAUCCAUGCAUCCAGCUACUAAUCUCCAGUUUUCAUUGCAAAAUUUACUAAUUCACUUUAGAGGCAACUAAAGUGUACUCACACAUCCAUCCCAUUUUGGUAUCUCAAUUCUGAGACUAAAAAAAUUUAAAUAAUCCUAAGAUUUUUUCCAGUGUCAUGUGAGUGUUUCUACUACUUCUCUCCUACUUGCAACCUGUCCCAGAAAACUAAAAUUUUUGGAGAACCAGAUUAUAAGCAGAGUGAGUGAGAAGUGAAAUGGACAAACUGAAUGCAGCUGCACUCACUGGAACAAGGGUGGGAUUAACUGGUGCGCAGCAAAUUUUCUACCCUUUUUACAUGCCAACUGUAUUGAAAGAGCCAUUGGAUUUUUUAAAUGAAAAUAAAACCUAAUUGGAUAAAGUAGUUUGUUUCAGAUAUUAAUACUGAUCUGAACUGCAUCCUGUUACAAAGAGAUAGCGGUGGCAGAAUGUUUUGCACUAAACAUCCUGUGAAUGUUGCUUUGGUCCGUCUCCCACAGCUGAUCACAUGAAACAUGAAAGGACCAAGUCUUUUCCACAGCAGGUGCUGUCCUUUGAAAGCCAUGCUAAAUGCUAUGCCACCAUCCUGACAGAAUAAUGUGUAAUAAAUAAUACUCAGGUUUGUUUUAUUUUUUAUGGAUGAGAAAAUCAUCUAAGUGAAAAAUGGAUGCACUGGGCAAAAUUGUAUCUGGUGCCUGCAGCUUUUGCAGCCAUUUGCAGCCUUUUGCAUCAAGUGCCUGUAGGAGGGAGCAUAGCCAGCUUGUUUCCUGGUGAUGGCCAGCUGAUGCUGUGCCAGUGAUUUUUAUGGGCUACGUGUGGAACAUGUGGGAAAAGCCUGACUUAAAUGCACACCAUCUUGUCAGUGCAGGAAGACGAGAUUAAACUUAAUGUAGCCCAGGCUGAAUUUCCUCUCUGGCCACAGGUAGCCUUGAUGCUCCUCUAAAACCCACAUCUGCUGAACUUGGGCUGAAGUUCAGGCUUUGGCUAACGUGCAGAAGGCAGUGUUCAUGCAGCCCUACUGAUGUUGCAACGUGACAUUUUACACAGUACAAGGUGUAGCAAAAUACCUUAAGUAUGCUGAAAUAUAUUUAAUGGUGCUUAUUUUUACCAUUUAUUUCGGUAGCUGAUAUAACUUUCUUACAGAGGUGUCACCAUGUCAUCUCCCCACAGGCAGAACUGGUUAAUUAUUUUGUCAUGCUUACAACUUCAAAGUUGCUUUCUUAGUUAAGGUUCCUCCAUAGGGAGGUUUUGCACUUGAGGUUUUAUUGGUCUACAGCUGUAGAUUAAAUUUAGCAAACCUUUGCUAAAGACAUCCAGAGCAGAAGGAGAGGAAGACACAUAUAUGUAAACUUGGCUGUGCUGAAGAAAAAAAGCAGACUUGUCAUCCUGAUGCUUCAUGCAUCAUACUGUUCCAGGGCUUGUUUGGAGUUUACAGCUGGUCUACAGUUUGCCUCUAAAACAAGAAUAUUGAAGGUAGAUGUGAGAUUAAUUUCUGGUUUCUUCUUUACUGGGAAUGGUUUUCAGCUUCAGUCUUUUUCUAAAUCCUGCCCUUUGUUAACUCAUUUCAUGUUUCAUUCCUUUAUGUUCAAAGUUCUGCUAUCAGAUGUAGGCAGCCCCAAUAACCCUGUGAAUCAGCCCUCCAGUUAUUCUGUCAGUACCUUCACAAGGCUCUGGGGCAUUUACAGGUCUUCACUACUGUUUGUGGAAAGGAGAACUUAUUACCUUAAUUGAAAUGAUGGAGGUUAUGCAAGGAGCAAUAGCUUGGUGAGAGGAGGUUUGGAAGGCUACUGGAUAUCAGUUAAAAUAAUUGGGAAAGAAGUGGAUUUGAUGAAUACAGGAUUUUGAGAAGACGGGACUGGGACGCUGGUUCCUGCAUAAGGCUCAGCCUGAAAGAAGGCGCUGCAGAAAAGGUGAAGCAAGGAGAUUACUGAGAAGUACAGUGAAUGCACAGGUUAAGGUAUGGGGUGGGCAGGCUAGUGCAGAUUCUAGAUGAUAAAGAAGUUUCAGCAAGUACAGAAGAGAGAAAAAGGCAAAGGAACAACAGAACAGCCACAGCAAGGAGGAAGAAAAAAUUUUGGCCAUGUGCUUCAUCCUAGGCCAAAGUCAGUCAAACGUGGGGGAAAAGAAUCCAAAACCCCUAACAAUUUAGAAGAGGAAAAUGAGCAACACUGGGUAGGUGGCUUGAACACCUAAAUGUGGAAAGAAUAAAGGGGAUUGAUUGGUUGGUUGAUUGAUUGAUUGAUUGAUUGGGAAGAUCAAAGCUCAGAUUGAUCUUGUCUAAUUUCUGCCAACAACUCUGCAUCCAGUGGUUCCAAUGGACUGGGUACAGGUCUCCGGACACUUGCAUUGGGAUAACUUGUUAAACCUUCAGUCAUUUCCUGAAGCAAAGAGAGGCCACUCAUGCAUGCAGCACAGGGAGGAAUGUGUUAAUACUACUGCAAGCAAAUAGACCUUGUUUGAUGUUCUUUGGAUACCACAAAGUUGUGGAAAAGUCAUUUAUAGCAGCAGUCAGUGUUCAAACAAAGCCAUUGCCACAGUAUAUUUGAAUGAUUCAAAAUGAUGCAUUGUUUGAUUUUAUAGGAGAGAACUAAAAGGAUGGACUUCAAUGGUAAAACAAAGUCUUACAUAAUUUACAGUGGCAAUGAGGAAUCAUUUUAUCCGUUUUAUUUAAAAUAAUAAAUAUAUAAAUAAAAACAUUUAAAACUUCUGUACUCAUGGAAGGGAACACAAUGGCUUUACAUUUGGUAGCUUUCUGAGUUCCCCCCUUAUACUUAAUUUUCUGAAUAACUUUCAGAAGUGAUUUCUUGCAUGGUUAACACUAGAAAAGUCUUCUGGCAAAAUUGAUAACUCUCUUAGUUCUAAAGGGGUGUUACCAACUUAAAUCAGAGUGCAGCAUUAAAAUCUUGUAACUACUUAGUGCUAGAUUGUGACUGUGGCUAUACAUGGCUCUGUGUGUGAAUUAAUAAACAUGCGACAGAGAAAAAUGUAGAAAUGUUUGAAAUAAAGAUGUGCUGUGUCAUGUAUUAUCCUGAAAAUCUGGGUAAAAGCCUUGAUAGUGCCUCCCCAGCAGAAUGCUGGGUACAUUUUAUGUGGCAAAUUUACCUCUUUGCAGUUGGGUGCUUUCACAUAAUGUGCAGCCAACCUUUUAAGGGCCAAUCAAUGCUUCUCCCAACAAUGCUAAUGGAAAGUGUCAUUGAUUUUUAGUAGGAAAUUGUCUGUUAAUAGUGAAUCCAAAUGUAUGUGUAUAAGCAUGGGGGGAGGAACAUAGAGAAGAAAGUCCAAUUCCAAUGUUCCUGAAUUGCUUCUGUCUGUAGUACACUGGUCUGUUUGUGUACCAACCUUCAGUAUAAAACCAGAAUCGUUAGCUACUGAAGGGGAAAAAAAAAACAACAAAAGAAUCUCUCAAGACUCCUAAGGUAGUAGAAGUUUCUGCAUUUUCACUAACACUGGGAAAAAAAACCAUGAAAAAUAUAAUCAAAUUAAAAUUUAAAUCUGUGUUUAGAGGUUAAAACUAAUUUGUGAGAUAAAAAUAUAUAAGUUAUGAAAACAAAAACCCAAAACAAAACAAAAACCUCAAAAAACCCCAAAAAUUCCAAAACACCACAGGAUUAAAUCCUGCAAACAAGAAAUACAAGAAACAAAAUGAACUAUCUGCUGUCUGAAGAGGAAUGUUGUUCAUGUGCAUCUGGGUAGUACACUAAUGUCUUCUUUAAAAGUUAAAUAUGUGUUGUUGCUUUUUCCAGAAGAAAUUACAGGCUGUUUCUAACAGUCUUUUCACACUGGGUUGCAGAAAAUGGACACAAAUUCCUGCCUAUGGGAGUUAAUUUUGGGAAAAGCCCCUGAUUUCUAGGUCAGUUUAAAACAUGUGAAAGAGCAUUACAAUGAUACAAGUAUUCAGUGCCCAGUGCAGCAUCACCAGUUGAGAAGCUGCCUCAGUAGAAGAUGGGUCCAUCCUUUUUGCCUUAAUCAGGGUAUUGUAGUGUGCUGCCUGGAAAUGGUGAUUUUGCAGAUUGCUGUGCCAGCUGGGAGCUGCAGUGUAGUUCAAAGGGUUCAGAAGGCAAAACCCAAGUUUAAGUAGUCAGUACAGCAGUCACAGACUAGGGAAUGAUAGUGAUUUUAAUGUAUUUACUUUUUCAUAGAGUCCUGAUACAAAACAAAAGUACAUUUCAGAGAGGAGACCCUAAGGCAAAUGGGUGCACAAGGGAGCAUGUGGCUGUGAGCAGAGGUCAUGUAGUUGCACAGAAGUCCAAGUUUGGGUCUAAAGUAGCUUAAGUUCAUUUGCAAGCCAUGGAUAAACAAUAUUAAUCCAAAUCUGGUGAUCCCAAAUGAAGUUGGCAUGUUCCCAUACAUAACACACUUGGAUCUUUUAGGGCAAAGAUCAAACAAAUUCCACAGGAAGGUCUCUUGUGAUACACAGGGCAAAAAGUGUACCUCAAUGUAAUAUUCAAGAGCCAGCCCUUUAUUUAUUCCAACACAGAACAUUAAGCCUGAUUUCUCCAUUUACUGAUGUCUUUUCUUGCAAAAUUUGUCAGAAUUUGAGAUUGUGGCAUGUGGAAACCUGGAAAGUAGUUGGUAGGUUAUUUCUGAGUUUAAAAAACCACAAGCAGUACUCUGGUUUUAGACUGUUAAACACAACCCAAGGCAAGCAAGCUGUGUAACAUAAAAGCUUUUUUUGAAGUGCAGCUUUGAAGUCUAGGACUGACUACAACAAAUCAGUCACCAAAUGCAUGGGAUGAGUUACUUGCAUGUUGGAUUUUGGGAACAAAGAACCUAAAAAAUUACUUUCUGGGCCACAAACUUGCUCUUUCAAAUGAUUACCAGUAUCUGGAAAAUUGUGACCUCUUUGAACUGAAAGUCCAUGUUUGAAACGAUCUAAAAUACUUGCUGAGAAAAGAGGGAAGAAAGUGUCUUGAUAAUAAACUGAAAUGCCUUUCUCAAGUCA